GACAACAUCAUCACAGGAUGGCCAUUUGGAAGCGUGGUGUGUAAGCUGAGUGGUAUGGUUCAAGGGAUUUCCGUGUCAGCGUCGGUGUUCACUCUUGUUGCUAUAGCUGUUGACAGGUUCCGCUGUAUUGUCUACCCUUUCAAGCACAAGAUGACCAUUUCCACCUCAAAGCUAAUCAUCGUCAUCAUAUGGGUCCUGGCUGUGUUCAUCAUGUGUCCCUCUGGGGUCAUGCUCCAGGCCACAAAGGAGCAUAGGGUGCGAAUUGUUCUCGGAAGCAAUGACACAAGCCCCUUCUACUGGUGCCGAGAAAAUUGGCCCAACCAGGAGAUGAGGAAAAUCUACACCACUGUGCUCUUCGCUAACAUCUACCUGGCUCCCCUCAGCCUUAUCGUGGUCAUGUACGCCCGCAUCGGCUACACCCUCUGCAAGGUCGCCAUCCCUAAGAUGACCGGCAGUGUGAGUGUGUCCGAAGAGGGCGGGGGCAACAACAAACCCAGCAUGGAGGGCCGCCUCACGAUUACGAAGAAGAAGAACCGAGUGAUCAUGAUGCUGCUGGUCGUGGCUCUGAUCUUCAUCCUGUCCUGGCUCCCUCUGUGGACGCUGAUGAUGCUGAGCGACUACGCCAGCCUGACGGAGCACCAGUACCGCGUCAUCAACAUCUACGUGUACCCCUUAGCUCACUGGUUGGCCUUCUUCAACAGCAGUGUCAACCCCAUAAUCUACGGGUUCUUCAACGAGAACUUUCGCAGGGGCUUUCAGGCGGCUUUCAAGUUCCAGCUUUGCUCCGAGGGCUUCAGGCACCAGAGGAGCUACUCCCAUCGGAUCAGAGGGAACGCCGUGCUCCCCGUCCAGCCCGCGGCGGUCCACAGGAGAGCGGGCUCUGAAGUCAGAUCAGGGUUAGUGGAGAAUGGGAAAUGCUCGGAAGGGGGCAGCUUGUCUGCUAGAAGUCAUAUCAAAGGCCAGGACCUGACCAUGGAGGUACUGAAUAAGUUAUCCCAGUUUUAGAGACUGCGUGAGUCUGCUGCCUCUAUGUAUAUCUGUUCAAAGUGAAUGUAAACCUCUGCAACAUUUUGCAUCAUGAAUCUUUUUGAAUGUCUAUUGUGAAUGUUUAUCAUGAUGUAUGGAGCAAAGAGAGGCCCUGAAAUUGUGAUUAUAAAAACGUUAUUAUUAUUUAAAAAUAAAUUACGAUGCCAGUGGUUGAUUUUGCAACAGCCUUUGUUACCAUCUUUCAGUGCAGUUUACAAUGCUUCUUUGUCAGAAAUACAACAGGAGAGAACAGCCAAAUAGUCACAUUGUUUUAAUAAAGAAGUUGGUCGGAAAAUAUGCAACCACAAUCUGUUUUCAUGUUACACAGUAGCUUGAUGUUUCAAACUAAAACAGGGCAUCGUCAGAUUGGUUAAGUUGGACGUGUUUCCUGUGACCUCCUCACAAUUACAGCCACUUUGUGUUUUGCCAGUUAAAUGCUUUUAAUGUAAAGCAUGAGAUGUUGGUGUCGAUGCUUUGUUUGUGUUUUUUGAAAACAAAACAUUUCUCCUGCUAAAAAAGUUAGGUUGUUUCAGAUAGAAAGUAGGCUACCUAGGCAACCUUUUGACAUGAUUAGAACAGAACAACCCUCAAGGCUGAUGUGCAAAGGAGUUUGAUGAGGAUUUUGUCAGCUUCCUCUAGACAAAGUGCAUGUUCUAGUGCCUCGAGGCAAAAGCGCUGGGUUGACGGCUGUGACAAGCAGUGGCUGGGGAGGAGGGUCUCGGGAACAUGUAGAAGGCCUCCAUGUGCCCUCUGUAUUCUCACAGAGCACAUUAAAACACUAUCAAAAACAAGAAAGUUACAUAUAAUAACUGCUGAUGUAUUCACCUUUAAUAGUAGGGUUCUGGAAAAGAAGAAGUCUGCCUCAUCUAAAGCAGAGCAUCAUUUCCGUUGUGGGCUGGGUUAAAGUUUAUUAAUAUAAUGUAAAAUAUUGCAUAGCCUUUCAGAACCACUCUGAAAACGUUCAGGUUCUUGACUAACACAACAUGGCGACCAACUUUUCAGCGGGUGUUCUGACUGUGAGCAAGCCUCUGCAUUCAGGAGGAAAGUGUUCUUGUAUUAUUGCUGUGCCUAUAUUAUAAAGGCAAUAGCAGUGUGACUAAUGUAUGGCAUUAUUAUGAAAUGUAACUUGUGUGUGUGUUUUGACCAUUUCACCACAUGCAGUUACAUUUAAAACCUCAUACCUCAACAUGUCAUUUGCUAAGUGAAGAGUGGUGAUACGGGAACAGGAACAUGUAAGUGAGAACAAGAGUGCAUAUAUCUGAUUCCUAUGAUUGUUAAAAAACUAAUUUGAUGAAAACCCUUGUGUUAACGCAUC